GCCAUUAAGCUUUCAGCCAUAAACGAAAAAAAACUUUUUACCUGGUUUUUUAACUAAAUAAUAAUUUCUGAUAAUAGUUUCAGUCAUUCAGAUAAAUGAGUCACAUUAAAUGGUUCUAAAUGCCUUAUUCUACUACUUCGUUAAAUAGAAGCAUGAUUUAUAUAGUGUGAAGAAGUUAUGUUUUUUUCAGUUUUUAAAUCUUUGAUUAAACUUUAAAACAAAUAAAUUAUGUUUAGCAAAUACAAAAAAUAUUCACAGCUUUUUAAAGAAAAUGCAGAUUUUAAGACAAAUUAAUAAAAAAUUUCAGAGGUCAAUCGUCAAACAUUUUAAGAUCAGCACAAUGGAAAGAUUAGAUAUUCCUGAUGAUUCUUGGUCUAAGAAGGCAAAAGAAAGCAAUGCGUUAUUAGAAAAUUUUGCACAAUUAAAUAAUUGGGAGAAACAUGAUUUGGUGAAACAAACAGGAGAUAUAAGAACUUAUGGUCGUUGUGGUAAUGAAAAAAUAUUUUAUGGCGCCUUAUUUUAUUCAAUUCAUGAACAGAGAGCCAAAGGGUCUAUAACUUAUGGACCAUGGUCAAGCAACGGUACCAAUUAUGUACAUGGAGGUGCCAUUGCUACCCAUCAUGAUUCAAUUGCUGGUACUUUGGUUACUAAAUUAUUUGGUCCUUGCGUUACAGCUUAUCUAAAUAUUAAUUAUAAAAGUCCUAUGUCAGUUGGAUCAACUUUUUUGUAUGAGUGCGAUGUUAAAAAAGUGGAAGGACGUAAAAUAUUUGUUGAAAAUAAGAUAUUUAGUUUUGAACAUGAGCAAGUUGUAGGCGAUGCUAGUGCUUUAUUUGUAAUGCUUAAAAAGGAUUUGCUGUAGUGACAAAUAUAAUAUUGGAAACUCCACAAAGAUUUAAAAUAAAAUUAAACAUUUAUGGUUUUCCUGAUUUUUUAUACAUUUUUUUUUUAGUUAGGUUUUAAAAUUAGAAUUGUAAAUAUAGUUUGAUAAAUAUACUGUGAUGUUAUUUGUUUAAGUGUUAAAAAUAUUUCAGAGGACUGAUCUCAUUUAA